AUGGCGGGUGGGGAGUCGGGGUCUGAGGGGAGCGAUGAGGAGGAGCUGCCCACUUUAGCCUCUAUUCUGCAGCCGCCAUCCGGCGGGUUGAGCCGCCAGCGGCCUCCGUCUCCCCGUCCCGAGCCGGGGGUGGUUGUGGUGGAGAGCAGCGAAGAGGAGGAUGAGGUGGUGGAGGUCCCUCUGUCUGAGAGGAUCAAGAGGAGGGGGGAGGCGGCUUUUAAUCCCCCCCAGCUGGACGCAGGGGAUGCGGCAGGCAGAGCUGGAUUUUCUACCAACUGUGACUUAGUGCCUGGCAGCCAAGCUCUGAUGUCGCCUGGAGAUGUGUCUUGUGGCGACCAGAAUGGCAUGUGUGGCUCUGAGAGGCUUUCCUUGUGUCCACCUGACGCUGCAGACCAGCCGAGCAGGCCUCUGGUAAGCGAAGCAAGCCCAGAAAUAUCCCCCUCUCCCAAGAACCCAAAAUAUAGUCAGAAGGAGAGGGAGGCAAUCUGCCAGGCUGCGUGGCAGAGGAGGAAGGAGCGAGAAGCACGGCGGAGGCAGCAGGAGCAGGAAAAAGAGAGGAAGAGGGCCCUUGCCAAGAUGCUGAAAGCUCAGCGACCGGGGGAGUGCCAGAAAUACAUAACAGUGGUGCUAGAUCCAGCUCUCUUACAGGUGGAAGGUGGUGGGCAGAUCCUCAGUGCUUUGCAGGCUGCGAAUUAUUCCUGUGUUGUUGAGAGUCAGGCUGUUCCCUGCAGCGUUUCCUGGAGGAGAAAGACUCUGUCAUCUCAGAUGGAAGACAGAGAUGAAUGGACAGAAGAGCCAAAUGUCCUGGUUCUGCUUCGCCUGGAGGAGUUUUUGUCCAUGGUUCACAACUACAAACAAGGUGCCCAGGGCUGUACAGAAGGACAGAAGGACACCCUGCAGAGCUAUGUAGCUCGUGUGAUGGAGAAAAUGCCCGGGAAAAUUCUGGCACUGCAAGUAGUUGGAGUAGAAAAUUAUUUCAGAGUUCAGUCAAAAAAGAGGCCGCGACAAGCAGCAGCAGGUGGAAACCAAGAGGAACAGGGAAAACGGAGAAAAAAGCAAGUUAAGGAUUCUGGCCUGGAGAUAACCAGAUUGGACGUGGAAGAAGCUUUAGUGGAUCUGCAGCUGUCCAAAAUCCAAGUCAACAUUUUUGAGAGCUGUGAAGAGCUUGGAGAAUUUGCCACUAUGUUGACAAAAGCUGUAGCUGAAGCACCGUUCAGGCGAGAGCGGGAGAAGACAGACUUCUCUUUCUACUUGGAUAAGCGGUGGUGCGGAGGGGUGAGAGUGGAUUGUUCCGGAAAGGGUCUCUUCGAAGUUUGGAAGAGGCAGAUACAGCAGUUUAAUCGUGUCAGCCUUGAGAUGGCUGAUGCUGUUGUGUCUGCCUACCCUUCUCCUCAGCUACUGGUCCAGGCCUAUAGCAGAUGCUCCUCAGAGCACGAGCGAGAAAACAUGCUGGCUAAUAUCCCCGUACAUCGUGGAGAGGGUGUGACAGCCACCUCCCGGCGGAUUGGACCAGAGCUCUCCCGACGAAUCUAUCUGCAGAUGACUUCUGAUGACCCUGAUCUCUAUUUGGAUUUCAUGGGGUAGCCCUGAGGAAUGAGGAUAUUCCUGCUUCCUUGGUGUAAGCACUCAGCUUCCUCCUGAGAUUAAGUACUUAGAUAACAAACAAUCAUUGAUCCUAGCUUUAAGACUUAAAACAUAUUUAGACUUCAGCAGAAGAAAGUUGGAUAAAAUUGCUCAGUGGCUGGAGUUUACAGAAGAUGGUGAACAUCUUCCAUUAGAGCAUGACUUGGGCACGGCUUACAGUACUGAUAGUUCCUUUUAUUUGUCUUCCUAGAAAUAAAUAUUUUUGAAUAAUAA